AUGGUGCCCAAACUCUUUCGCAACCGGCACGAGGCCGAGGACAUCACGCCCAUCCCGGCCUACGCCGCUGACCUCGACGUCGCCGGCAUGGAGCAGCUCAAGCACCUCCACGAGUUCGAAAAGAUGCACAAGUUUGACCCCAACUUCCCCAUCGACGAGCUCAACGAGCUUGACGCCGCCAUCGCCACCUGCAACGCCGAAAAGGGCAUCGAGAUCGAGCACGCCCUCAUGGAGGACAACAGCCCCUACCCCGAGGUCCGCGCCGUCGUCCGCAACUACGACGUCGAUGUCCCCGCCAACACCAUCCGCGCCUGGGUUAUUGGCCUCUUCCUCUGCACAAUCGGCUCCGGCAUCAACCUGAUCUUUUCGCUCCGAGAUCCCACCAUCACCAUCAACACCUAUGUCAUCCAGCUCAUCGCCUACCCCCUCGGCCUCGGCUGGGAUCUCAUCAUGCCUGAUCGCGUCUGGAAUGUCUUUGGCCUCAAGUUUAACCUACGUCCUGGCAAGUUCAAUUUCAAGGAACACGUCGUCAUUGUUGCCAUGUCCAACGCUUCAUAUGCUGGCGGUGUCUUGUAUGCCACUGAUGUCAUCCUAACACAACGCAUCUUCUACAACCAGACUUUCAGCUACGCCUUCCAGAUGCUCUUCGGCAUCACCACCCUCUGCACCGGCUAUGGUCUGGCCGGUCUCGCCCGUCGAUUCCUCGUCUGGCCCGCAGCCAUGGUCUGGCCUGCAGAUCUUGUCAACUGUGCUCUGUUCUACAGUCUUCACGAUCACUCUUCUUCCGACCCGUCAAAAACGAAUGGCUGGUCCAUCGCCCGCUACCGCCUGUUCCUCAUUGUCGGCACCGCUGCCUUUGUCUGGUACUGGCUCCCCGGCUGGAUCUUCCAGGGACUCUCCUACUUUACAUGGAUCUGCUGGAUUGCUCCCAACAAUGUCGUCGUCAACAAGCUUUUCGGUGCUGCUCACGGUUAUGGCCUCAUGCCCAUUACCUUUGACUGGACCGUCAUCAGUGGCUACGUUGGAUCGCCCCUCAUCCCGCCUUUCCAUGCCAUUGUCAACGUCAUUCUAGGUGUAUUGGGUAUCUUUGUCUUCCUCUCCUGCGGUAUCCAUUUCGGUGGAACUUGGUUCUCCAACUACCUUCCUGUGCAGUCCGGCGACUCUUACGAUAACAUGGGCAACGUCUACAAUGUCUCGCGAAUCCUCGACGCCAACUUCAAGUUCAACGAGACUGCCUACCACGAGUACUCCCCGCUCUUCCUCCCCACUCAGUUUGCGCUCGCAUACGGUACCUCCUUCGCUGCCGUUUCUGCCGUCCUGAUUCACGUUGCCCUGUACCACGGCAGGGAGAUUUGGGACCAGUUCAAGAUGGCGCGGCACCAGGAAGACGAUGUCCACAUGCGUCUCAUGAAAAAGUACCGCGAUGCCGAAGACUGGUGGUAUGCUCUCCUUCUCGUCGUCAUGAUGGGCAUCUCCUUUGGAGUUGUCGCUGGUUGGGACACUGGUUUCCCCGCCUGGGCCUACGUCGUGUGCAUUCUUAUCCCCAUCGUUUGGCUCAUCCCUAUUGGACUCGUCCAGGCCAUCACCAAUAUGCAACUUGGCCUGAACGUCUUGACCGAAUUUAUCAUUGGUUAUAUGGUGCCCGGACGUCCCCUCGCCAUGAUGAUGUUCAAGAACUACGGCUACAUCUCCAUGUCUCAGGCCCUCUACUUUGCCCAAGACCUCAAACUUGGCCAUUACAUGAAGGUUCCUCCCAGAGUCAUGUUUGCCUCGCAACUGAUUGCCUCCAUUUGGUCUGCUGUUAUGCAGAUUCUGCUCUUGAACUGGGCACUUACCAACAUUCCGGAUGUCUGCACUCGUGACCAGAAGGACAGAUUCACUUGCCCUGGCGGCCGCGUCUUCUACACCGCAUCCGUUGUCUGGGGAGCCAUUGGUCCCGCCCGUAUCUUCAACAGCGGCGCCAUUUACUCGGGUCUGCAGUGGUUCUGGCUGGUCGGCGCCGUCGCGCCCAUCAUUACCUGGCUGUUUGCUCGCCGCUGGCCCAAGUCCAUCCUGCGAUACAUCAGCACCCCACUCAUCUUUGGUGGUGCCGGCCAGAUUCCUCCCGCGACUGUCUACAUCUACCUCUGCUGGGGCAUUGUUGGUACUGUCUUCAACUUCUUCAUCAGACGCCGUUAUACUGGCUGGUGGCUUCAGUACAACUACAUCACCUCGGCUGCGCUGGACUGUGGUCUCAUUGUCUGCACACUCGUCAUCUUCUUCACGCUCUAUUUGACCAAGGCGGUCGCGCCGCAGUGGUGGGGCAACGUUGGUGCGCUGAACAACCUUGAUCACUCUGGCACAGCGAUUGCCAUGCAUGUGGCCCCUGGCGAAACCUUUGGCCCCAGCAGCUGGCGCUGA